AUGGAAGACAACACAUCGCUUACUCCAGUUUUUGUUUUGUCUGGAAUGAAGCAUUUGACACCAAAAUAUCUUUUUAUUUUCCUGUCUCUCUCUGUUUAUCUCUUAAUCAUUCUUUUGAACCUGAUGUUGAUUGUAACAAUCCUCUUAGAGAAGUCUCUGCAUGAGCCUAUGUAUCUCUUUGUAUGUAAUCUCUGCUUUAAUGGACUCUAUGGAACAACAGGAUUUUAUCCUAAAUUUAUAUAUGAUCUGUUAUCACCUUCACCUGUGAUAUCAUAUGUUGGGUGUUUUACACAAUCAUUUGUGAUUUACUCAUCUUUUACAUGUGAGUUCACAAUUUUAGUUACAAUGGCUUAUGAUAGAUAUGUAGCAAUAUGCAGGCCAUUAGAAUAUCACAACAUUUUAAGAACCCAGACAGUGGCAAAGGCUAUUCUGUACUCAUGGGCUUUUCCUUUUUUGUUAUUGCUCCCAAACCUUAUACUCACUGUCCAACUGCCAUUAUGUGGAUCAAGUAUAGACAGACUUUAUUGUGAUAACUGGUCUAUUGUCAAACAAUCUUGUAUCCCGACUACAACCAUCAAUGCAUUAAGCUUUACACUUCUCUUAAUAUUUAUGGCACAUGCCUUUAUUGUCAUGUUUUCAUAUCAAAGGUUAAUUGUUGCUUGUAGAAAUUCUAGCGAUAACAAAAGAAAGUUUAUGCACACCUGUGGACCACAUUUAGUGUCUUUAAUGAACUUCUCUAUUGCUUUGCUUUUUGAUAUAAUUUUCAGUCGCUAUGGAUCAGAAGACUUUCCAGAGCAUCUGCGGAACGCUUUCCAAGUUCAGAUUCUUGUAAUUCCACCUAUUGUAAACCCUCUUAUAUAUGGCCUUAAGCUCUCAGAGAUCCGCAAAAAACUUUUUCAAAAGUGUCAAAAACAAAAAAAACACAAAACAAGAUUAGCUUUUUGUAGAUCAAAGUGA